CCCACGAACACGAGGGUUUUGCCCCCUUCGACCCACGGUCGCCAUUGGCCACUCUGCUCCGCCGCUCCAUGCUCCUCCCCAGCCUCCUCCGCCGCGCCCACCUGCUGCGGCCGUGCUACCCUCCCCGCCGCCACCUCUCCCGCCUCCUAGACCGCUACGGCUUCGUGCCGCCUGCCUCCCUGACCUCCACCGCGAAAGAGAUCUCCCACGGCACAGGCGCCGCCGCCGACCAGAAGCGUCGGAUCAAGAAGCCCCCCUACCGGCCGCCGUCUUCGCUGGACCGCGGAGACCGCCCGGCCUCCCACUCCGACCUCCCCUUCGAUUUCCGCUUCAGCUACACGGAGAGCUCCCCGGACGCCAAGCCCAUCGGGCUCCGCGAGCCCAAGUACUCCCCGUUCGGCCCCGGUCGCCUCGACCGCCCCUGGACCGGCCUGUGCGCGCCCGCCGUCGACACCACGCUCCGGAGCGUCGACGCCGAGGACCCUGCCCCCGCCGCCGAGAAGGACCUGGAGGAGGCCCGCCGGCGUGAGCGAGAGCGCGUGCUUGGCGAGCCGCUCACACCCGCGGAGCGCUCCUUCUUGGUCGACAAAUGCCAGAAGAACCGCACCAAGCGGCAGAUCAAUCUCGGGCGAGAUGGGCUCACUCAUAACAUGCUGAAUGACAUUCACAACCACUGGAAGCAUGGCGAGGCGGUCAGGGUGAAAUGCCUUGGUGUGCCGACGGUUGAUAUGCAAAAUGUGUGCCAUGAGCUCGAGGAUAAAACUGGUGGCCUUAUCAUCCACAGGCAUGGUGGCCAGUUAAUACUGUACAGAGGGAGGCAUUAUCAUCCAAAGAAAAGACCUGUUAUUCCAUUGAUGUUAUGGAAGCCAGCUGAACCGAUCUACCCAAGGCUAAUUAAAACAACAAUAGAAGGUCUGACAGUUCAGGAGACAAAGGAAAUGAGGAAGAAGGGCCUACAUGCUCCUGUCUUGACAAAGCUUGCAAAGAAUGGGUAUUAUGCUAGCCUUGUGUCGAUGGUUCGAGAUGGUUUUCUGGCCGAUGAAUUGGUUCGUAUAGAUUGUAAAGGAUUGCCAAAGAGUGAUUAUCGGAAGAUUGGAGUCAAGCUCAGGGACCUUGUUCCUUGUAUUCUUGUGUCUUUUGACAAGGAGCAAAUUAUUGUUUGGAGGGGGAAAGACCAUGAUGAAAGCAUACAGGAUAAUAUGCACAAGGCAUUCCCUUCAGUUCUUCAAUUAGAGAAUGCAGCAGUGAAGAAUGAGAAUGUUGAGCAGGAAGAAGCCUCAAGUGAGAGUGUGCCAGGAAAGAACGAGCAUGGUGAAAAAGAAGAAACAUCAAGUGACUGUUCUUCUGAUGAGUGGUCUGAGAUCAGUAGCUCUGACGAUGUGCCAGAUGAUAAGUAGGACAUUUCCAGGGUAGAAUAUCCUUAGAUCGAUCUGACAUAUCCAGAGGACUCAAUCUGCCACCAGGUGUUCACAAAGUUGGCAUGUCAUCCAACACUACCAACUUGUCCAUUCUUAUCAGUGAUGAUUAUGUUCUAUCACUAGUCGCAACAAAAACCAGUAGCCUUGCUUCUGUCCUUCGAAAUUCUCCAUGGCUAGUUUUUGGUGAUUGUACAACUCUGUUCACUUCCACGGGUUGGCUAUAGUUGAGAUUCAAAUCAAGCAACUGCAGCUUGAGUUCCAACAGUUGGUAUUCACUGGACCAGAGUGCCUUUGAUCUAAUUAUACUGACCACUAAUAGAAUGAAACAGUGAAACAUUGAAUAUUAUACAAACGUCAUGUGACUCCCUAGAGCAUCAUGCAAAUUCUAAAGAACCUCAAUUGAACAAUGCUGUCUAGUCUUUUCUGCCUUUGCUAUAUCCACUACUGCCAAUUGGAUUGACCUAUGUGGAGUAUAGGGUCCAAGUUUUACGCUUUGACAAGGCUGCAUCAGUUGGAGGCAAGGGACCACUAGAGGUUGGCGCUUUAGCCGUUGCCUCACCAACAGUUACUAGUCAGCUACACAGGAUCAAUCAAUUCGGCCAAGGUAAGAUGUUGGAGGAAGGAAAACAAACUAGAUCGUAAGGCAGUUUAUUGAUUAAAUUCCUCAAAAUCAUGCCUUCUCAUACUAUAAAAAAACCACUUUUAAGAAUUUAUAUUUACAAACCAUGUUGUGACUGACAAAAGUGUGGUCUGGAGAAAUAUUCUGUCACAUAAGCUUGACUUUGUGAAAUGCACUUUUAGAGGUGUGAUUUCUUGAUGCUUUGUGACAAAAGAAGUCUGUUUUUGUUUUUUGAGAAACUUAUUACUCCAGUCUAUAUCUAAUCUGCCUCAGUUCCAGUUCUCACCUUGGGUGGCCGCAGUGCGUCUAUCGCAUAUUUCCUGGAUGGACCAGUCAAGGUGAGAUAUUAGAAGAAACUGAACCAUCACUCCAUGUUUCCAAUGGAUGGUUCAGUUCCCUCUAAUCCUCGCAUUGAGCGGUGCAUACAUGUUCGUAGCUGUUUGUAACCCAAUCUGUUCCUUGUCUCUAGGCUGCAGACAGGCAAUCAAUCAGUCAACCGAAGGUGAGAUAUUGGAGGAAAACAAGCUGAUCGGCGACCACGAUUAGUUGGCCAUCUGUUUGUUUUCCUCCAACUCUCACUUUCAGUGCCUGACAAGCACCUUUCCAGAAAAGAACUGGCUGAAACAGAACUAUCUAUUCAGAUACUACCCUGCACUGGAGCUAUGGAAUUGCUGCUUGCUCUAGGGCUCUAGUCAAGUUCAUUUAUAGCCAGCCCACCUGGGAAGCAGCAGCAUGUAUUUUCUGUUGCAGCUGCAUGCCCAUUGUGCUGUGUCCUGAAUUCUGUUUAAAAGGUGAAAAAGGCUUCAGGAUCUGUGCCAUGUACUUACUCUGGUACCAGACUACCAGUGUAACUAACUGUCGCAUGCAAACUGAUCAGGCUUCGGUUCACUCUCCAUGGUACUUUGGUCUCAGUUAUAAAUGAUCUGAGGGUUAUUAGUAAGGAUUUGACUACGACUAACAUUGCAAUAAAAUGAAAGGAAUAAUGAAUAAUGUAUAUAAAGUUUCACCAGAUUCAAUCAUGAUAUCUUUUUUACUGUAAGAGGGGAAAAUCCCUAAAGAACAUUUACUUGAGUUCAGGUUUUGUUUCGUGUAGAGGUUUGAAGUUUCAGAAAUUUCAUACAACAUCCACGCAUCAACAAUUUACAGACGUUGAACAAAGGCAGUACACUAACCUAGUUCACUCCAAUGUCAACUUUUCCUAGCAAUUCCCGCGCAAAAGAAAGAAAGAAAACCUUUUCUUCGCAAUUAUUUUUUGUGCUCACAGCCACACAUUUUAGAAUAUUAGAGCAACUUUAGCACAUGUGUCAUACCCGCAGCCUCUAAACCCGUUUUGGAGUGUCCCAUAUUUUUUUUGGAGGCUGCAGAACCUAUCAGCAAACUCAGAUUCAACCCUCCAUAGGUUUUUCUCUCAUUUAUUUGCAUCAACUCAAUAAAUCUACUUCUAAUCGGGGGGCAAUCAAACACUGAAUAAAAUUGGAUCAAUGCUCAAACAGUAGUGUAAAUACGUAGGUAUUUAUAUUGCAGUAGAGUUUGUCGCUUUUUACAUAUAUGUAGCACUGUAGCUAAUAUAUACGCGGGUGGGGGGGGGGAUGUCGAUAAACAACAUUUUCCUACACUACACUAUUGUACUAGACAGAUUUAUAGGCAAUGUCUGGUGAACUAUGGUGACCUUCAGAGUCCUGGCGUCUAGUCAGAGUCCAGUGACUCGUCUGCGGCCUAGCGGCCUCACGGGAGGCCUCCAGGCGCGACUGCGUGAAUGCAUAGUGGAGCUCGAGCUCCUCGAUCGUGCUGGCGGUCCGCGGUGUGUCUAACCAACCAUGCCCAUUUCACAGCAAAGAAUGUAUAUUAUGCUAGCUUCGUGCCGAUGGUUCGAGAUGGUUUUCUGGCUGAUGAAUUGGUUCGUAUAGAUUGUAAAGGAUUGCCAAAAAGUGAUUAUCGGAAGAUUGGAGUCAAGCUCAGGGCGAGUCUCUCAUAUAGCCUUAUGCCAAAAUAGUUAAAUGUUCAUUUUCCCUGAAGAUUAACUGUAACAGAAUGCAUUUCUCUCUCCUUUUUUGCUGUAGGACCUUGUUCCUUGUAUUCUUGUGUCUUUUGACAAGGAGCAAUGUAUUGUUUGGUGGGGGAAAGACCAUGAUGACAGCAUACAGGAUAAUGUGCACAAGGCAUUCCCUUCGGUUCUUCAAUUAGAGAAUGCAGCAUUGAAGAAUGAGAGUGUGGAAGAGGAAGAAACAUCAAGUGAGAGUGCAUCAGGAGAGAAUGAGCAUUGUGAAAAAGAAGAAACAUCAAGUGACUGUUCUUCUGAUGAGUGGUCUGAGAUCAGUAGCUCUGAGGACGCAUAUCACACGAUUGACGAAAUGCCACCAGGUGUUCACAAAAUUGGCAUGUACUAGUCACAACCAAAAUCAGUAGCCCUGUUUCUGUCAUUUGAAACUCUCCAUGGCUAGUUUUUGGUGACUGUACAAGUUUCUUUAUUUCCACAGGUUAGCUAUAGUUGAGAUUCAAAUUAAGCAAUUGUAGCUUGAGGGUCCAACAGUUAGUACUCACUGAAUCAGAGUGCCUUUUCUUAUCUUAUUAUACUGAUCGCUAGUAGAAUGAACACAGUGAAACAUUGAAUAUUAUACAAACGUCAUUUGACUUCCUAGAGCAUCAUGCAAAUUCUAAAGAACAUCGAUCGAACAACGCUGUCUAAAUUUUUCUUGCCUUUUGUUUUAUCCACCACUGCCUAUUGAAUUGACUGCCCUUCCUAGAGUGGAGGAUAGGGUCCAUGUUUUAAGCUUUGACAGGCCUGCAUCGGUUGGAGGCGAGGGAUCACAAGAGGCUGGCGCUUUAGCCUUUGCUUCACCAACAGUUACCAGUCAGCUACUCAGGGUCAAGCACUUCGACUAAGGUAAAAUGUUGGAAGAAAAACAAACUAGACUAUAAGACAGUUUAUUGAGUAAAUUUCUCAAAACCACGCCUUCUUUUCCAAAACUAUAAAAAAAUCCCACACUUAAAGAAAGUAUUUACAAACCAUAUUGCGAGUGACAAAAGUGUGGUCUGGAAAUAUUCUGUCACAUAAGUGUGAUUUUGUGAAAUGCACUUUUAGAGGUGUGUUUUCUUCAUGCUUUGUGACGGAAGAAAUCUGUUCUUGUUUUUGAGGAACUUAUUGCUCCAGUCUAUAUAUCUAUCUGCCUCAGUUCCAGUUCUCACCUUGGGUGUCUGCACAGUGGACCAGUCAAGGUGAGAUAUUAGAAGAAACUGAACCAUCACUCAUGUUUCCAAUGGAUUGUUCAUGGUUCAGUUCCCUCUAAUCCUCGCUUUGAGCGGUGCAUGCAUGUUCCUAGUUGUAACCCAAUCUGUUCCUUGUCACUAGGCUGCAAACGCCAACGCCAGGCAAUCAGUCAACUGAAGGUGAGAUAUUGGAGGAAAACAAGCUGAUCGGCGACCGCGAUUAGCUAGCCAGGAUCUGUUUGUUUUCCUCCAACUCUCACUUUCAGUGCCUGACAAGCACCUCUCCAGAAAAGAACUGGCUGAAACAGAACUGUCUAUUCAGAUGCUACCCUGCACUGGAGCUGUGGAGUUGCUGCUUGUUCUAGGGCUCUGGUCAAGUUUAUUUAUAGCCAGCCCACCUGGGAAGAAGAUAGUUGUAGCCUUCAGUGCUAGAAUAGCAGCAGCAUAUUUUUCUGUCGCAGCUGCAUGCCCAUUGUGCUGUGUCCUGAAUUCUGUUUAAAAGGUGAAAGACUUCAGGACUUGUACCAUGUACUGUGGUACUAGACUACCAGUGUAACUAACUGUCACAUGCAAACUUAUCAGGAUUCGGUUCA